ACGGAUAAUCAUUUAACAAGGAAAGGACAUUACGAUCGGGGUUAGUAUACAAUAAGUGACGAGUACGUGUGUGGGGGACGUUGGAUUAACAGGAAUCUGACGUAGUAAGGACACGUGGAAGGGUACCGAUUGGAGCGAGUACAGUGAUGUUUUUGACAAAUGGCCCCGGAGGGGGCGGGCAGGAAAAUGGACAAAACGGACAGCUGUACGCAAACGGGAGGAUACAAAACGGGGGAGGGAACCAGCAGUACACUGGCCAAAGCAACCCCGGAGAUGGAGGAGGACGUAACAGCAGUAGCGGAUGUUUUAACUGCGGGAAAAUGGGGCAUAUCGCCCACGAUUGCUGGUCAGCAAGGAGGGAUAGGGGUUGCGCCCCCCAACAAGGGGACCCAGAGUUGGAUGAGAUGAAGGAACAUUUUAGGCAGAUGAGGAGAGAACGACAGGAGAUGGAGGAGAAACGACGAAAAGAGGAAGAACGUAAGGCGAAAGAGGAAGAGGAGGUCAGGAGCAAUCAAGAUUUUGCCAGGAAAGCGAAAAAGUUCAAACUGCAACUUCGCACCGAACUCAUAGAGGAAUGGAGGAGGAGGACAGCUGAAGCAACUAAGGCAAUGGAGAAGAUUAGGACACCCAGGAAGAUCAAGGUUCUGAUACGCGGUGUGAAGAGCAAGCGGAAAGGCAAACAACAGAAGAGGAGGAGAAAGAAGGGAAGGGAGACUUCAGACGAAGAUACAGAGGAAGAAAGCGACACGGACGAAGAGUCUACAGACUCCACCACUUCGAAAUCGGAUUCGGAACCACGGCAAGCGAGGAGAAAGGCAAGGACAGGACGACAGAACAAAUGCCCCACAAGUAAACGAGCAAGUACGAAGGGCAAAGGAAGGAUUGGGGAUACCCCACCCAAAGUUCAUGAACUUGGCGAGUGCUCGAGGCAACGGAAGUCGGGACAGACGGAGGGGAGCAUGCAGGAGGUGGCAGAGGAGGCGGACGAACCUAUGACACCACUUACGGGUGGUUUCAAAGGCCUGUCCGCAGGAUGCUCACAGAAAGGACAGAUAGACUACUGCAUUUUUGCUCAUAAGAUCUGCUCUGCUAAGAAGGCACAUGCCUUAAGGAAGAUCUGUGAGAAGAAAUGUUUCAAAUACACGAAGAAACCUGAAGUCGUGGAGAUGUUUGCCAGACAACAAGUUCAACUGGCAUAUAAUAGCUUUGAAGACCAAACGGAGAUUGGAAGAUCUGCUGGGAAGACGAAAGCUUCUGGCUCUCCGCGGGAGGUGUUUACAAAGGACAGGUCUACAUCCGUCAAGCACACGACACGAGCGAUACCAGGACCUGAAGGAUACUACUGUGGAAUUCGCAAGUGGCCAGGAACGGAUGGAAGGAUGGAGGAGACUGAGACGGAGAUUGGGGACUCGACGAUGGAGAUUGGAGGGGAGAAUACACUACUCCAGCAUGCAAAACUGAAGCUACAACAGGGAGGCGAGAUAGUGCUGAAGAAGAUCGUGAAGGCGAAGGCGACGACAUAACGAAACAAGACCAUGCUGACGACAAUGCUGAAAAGACCAAGAGCGGACACGCAGAUGAUCAAGCUCCCGACUAAGAAGCUGAUCAAAUU